GUCAAGACUUGCUGGAUUUGUGUAGGGUGGGACAGUUUAUAAUUUUUUUUUAUUCUAAUGUGUACCACGUGAAAAAUUUAAGAAAUUUUUGAAAAUGGAGUUAUCUAACGUUAACCCAAAACUUCUGGAAGAAGUAAAGUAUUUGUCAACGGGCAACCUUAGCGAAACGGUUCAAUUGUUGUUAAACAAUGGAGGUUCAAAGUCAUUUAAGUAUGCAAGUGAUAUGAUGACCCAUUGUAUAGUUGGAGAAAAUGCUGACACCAGUGUUAUUGAAGAAGUUAGAGACAUUUUUGAGAAACCAGUUGUUCUAUCUAAUUGGGUUCCAUUAUCAAUCCAUGCAUCAAAACUUUUACCGGUUCUCUCUUUUGAUCCAAAAAUCCCUGCCAUUUUCAAAGGAGUGAUUGCCUCAGUGUCACAAGUAUCAGCCGUUGAUGUAAAAAAGCUAUGGGUCUUAUUAGAAAUUCAUGGUGGGAAAUUAAAACCUACAUUGGAUUCAACUUGUACACAUCUAGUUUCUACUAAAGCAUUUGGUACAAAGUUCACUGAAGCCAUAAAACAUGAAUCGAUAACAGUUGUUACACCUGACUGGAUCAUACAAUGCAUCUUGGAGAAGUCCUUAGUUGGUACAGAAGGCUACCAUCCAUCCCUAUUAGUAGAUUCAAAAGAGAAAUCUCCACUCCGCCCACCAGUUGAAACUAUGAGACUCGCAAAAUUGUCCUUGGAAAAGAAAGAAGAAGUGAAGCCCCGUAUAGAAGAAGCGAAACCAAUUGAAGUAAAAACCGUAGAGCCAAAGAGUCUCUCUGACACACCAACAUUAGCGCAGCAAUUGAUACAACCCGAAGUUAUUAACCAUACUACAACGACUAUGACUGCACCCCCGUCAACAAAGAACAUGCGAGUUGCAUCCAAUCUUCCACCCCAUUUAGAGCAGCAACUUCAGCAACAUUCAAUGAUGAGGAACACGGCCCCGAGACAGCAACAGCAAGGUAUGGGUGCCCAUUCAGGCGUCCGGAUGGUGCGUUCGGGAAGUGGAACGACGUGGAGAGGAGCUAGCCAGCAACAGCAAGCAGUCCUCCAGCGAUCUGCUUCAAAUCCUACAUCAGGGGGAGAUCCAAGGUCUCAGCCGCAGACAAUCCAAGGAGUACGAAUGGGAUCUGCUGUGCAUCAAAUACGUGGACAAGCAAACCAAGUGACUCAACCUGGCGUAGGUAGCCAUUCACAACCUGGACAUCAUCAAACUGCACAGCAACAAUUACCUGGUAUGGUAAGGCAAGUUAGGCUCGUCAACCCGAAUGCUCAACCACUACAGCAGCCUAUGCAGUCACUUAACUCGGAGCAGGUUCGGCCAGCAGAACAUUCGUCACAACAGCGGGGCCAAGCGACAAAUCCAAGCUCUUAUCAGCAACCGCAUCAACGUCUUUCCAUACCUCAGUCACCACAAUUGGUCAAAAUGGUAAUCGCUCAGCCCCAAGCUGAUGGAAAACUUCCAAAUCAUCCCCAGCAAUCACCUGUAGCAUCACCUCUGAUCAAUCAACAACAGCCGCAAUUUUCGAAUAUUUAUUCUCAAAAUGGACAACAGGCACAACAAACGGGCCAACAGCCUGUCACUGAUCAGGUGAUUCCCCAACAGCAUAAUUUCCAGCAGGUCACGGAAGAUAACUCAAACAUUGUCACAAAUAACGCCAAUGCUCACUUGAGACAGCAACAACAGACCGAUAACUCUUUUUCUCCGAAUCAAGUCCACAAUAAUAACUUCGCUCAGCAGCAUCAGAGAGGGAAUCCGCGAAUGCCAGUUGCUGUCAAUAUUCAAGGAGUUCAAGUGUCGCAGCAACAACAGACCGUUGUCCGAGCGCAAGGAAUCCAACGGCAGCAACUAGCCGCUCCUCAGCAACCGGACUAUAGCACACAGAUGAUAGCUACAGGUGUAGGAACAAUAACUGCUGGAGGUGGGAGCCAAACGCAAGGAAUGGUUAGCAACCAGCAAAUGGGAGUUAUACCCGGCAAUCAGCAGCAACAACAUCUAGUUCACAACACGGGCGUGAGACCAAAUGUGAGGCCUACCCUAGCUGGCCAGGCCGUAGUUGCAGGCCGCCCGCCACUGAAUACAGCUGCUUCCCCUAUAGUCCAGCAGCAACAACAGCCUCACCCUCAGCAAGUUCGGCAAUUGACGCCCUAUCAGCAGCAAUUGCUUCAAAUGCACAUUCAAAGUAAAAAAAAAUUAAUAAAUAUGUAUAUAUAUUCUUUAGUUUCUAGCAUUAUUUAUUUGUUGAUAUUAGAUAUGAAUCCCCAAGCUCGGCAGCAGUUGCAACAGUUGAGUCCACAGGUUAGGAACGUAGUUUUCCAAAGAAUUUUGCAGCAGCAAGAGCAGCAGCAAAAUAUGAAUCAUUCGCAAGCACAGCUGCCCAAUCCGAUUUCGCAUAUGCAAGGUCAACAGCCAAAUCAAGCUCCGCAAUUACAAGGUCAACAACCAAAUCAAACGAUACAAAUGCAAGUCCAACCAGCCGGACAGCGAAUAAUGUUACCCCAACAGCAGCAAGGCAAUUGGCAAACGGAACAACAGCAAAACCAACUUGUGUCUCCACAGCAAAACGUCCGGCCUUAUGGUCCGAUUCAGGGCCUAGUUAAUCAAUCAAAUCAGGGUCAAGGAGGUAAACCGACACAGGUUAUUGGUGUGAAUCAACAGCCAGUUGAUCAACAGUCAGUAUCUCCUCAGAUACAUCAGUUGCAGCCACCUGUGAAUCAAGUUCAACAACAGAGUCCUUUAAGCUCUGUUCCUAUUCAACAGCCAAAUGCAAUACAACUUAACCAAUUGCAGCAGCAACAAUUGCAACAACAACAGCAACAGCAACAGCUUCAACAACCGCUUCAACAACAGCUUCAACAACCGCUUCAACAACAGCAACAGCUUCAACAACCACUUCAGCAACAACAAAAUCAACCUCAGCAAAAUCAACAACAGCAAAAUCAACAACAGCUUCAACAACAGCUUCAACAACAAAACCAAGAGCAACCAAGCAAUUCCGUUAAUCCAAAGACUAAAACAGCCUUAGCUAACCUUCUUAGCACCAGGCUUCAAACAGCACCAGGAACACCUCAGCAACCCGGAACACCUCAACUUUCUGUAAAUCCACAGCAGGUUCCACAUCAAGCAAUUGCUGCACAACAGCCCAUGAUAUUACAGCAAGCUGUAGCAUCCCAGCAAAAUCCCGCGCUUUCUCAGGUGGUUAUGAACCAACAGCAACAGCAGCAUCUUUUACAACAGCGAAGAAGCCUUCAAAAUAUUACCAAUGGCGUUAAUGGAACUACGAAUCCCCAAUUGGCUGCUGGUGCUCCUAUGGUUCAAGCAACUAAUCAGCCACAACAACAGCUACAGCCCAAGUCCAGCAUGGGAGCUGUCCCAUUUACGGGUGUUCGAAUGCCUGGACCGGGAACAGCUGCUGUGAUACCUGGACAACCAGUUAUUCGCCGAGAAUUUCCUGUUCAGCAACAACAACAGCAACUUCACAGUCACGAGCCCGGCGUCAAAUUGCCCGAACACCUCUGUUUACUUGGAUGCAUUGUUCUGAUUGUCGAUUACCAGCGAAGUGUCCCAUCUGCUGAACUGUUACAAUGGACGAAGCUGAUGUCAUCUAAAGGGGCCGAAAUCGAGACCAUGUAUAGCCCUCGAAUCACCCAUUUACUUUGUGAGACAAGCCGUUCCGCCGUGGCCCAACAAGCUCUUCGAGACGGCAAGCGAUUGGUGACGGCUUUUUGGCUGAAUGAUGUGGUUAUGAAGCAGCAUAUGUUUCCACCUAAUCAAGUGUUGCACUUCCCGACACCUUACGGCGAAGCCGAACGUCCCUGUCGCAACAUGCUCGUUAGCUUGUCAGGAUUCGAAGGUGACGAUCGCCAGCGUGUUCGAUUCAUGUGCGAAGCACUGGGUCUGAAGUAUACUGGCCAUUUCUGCAGCCAACACGACGUCCUGAUUUGCCGUAAAGCCGAAGGGCCCAAAUUUCAAAAGGCGCGUGAAUGGCGUAAGCCAGUGGUAACAACAACUUGGAUAGCUCAAGUCUAUUUUGGAUUCCUCAAUGCCAUCCACCAAAUUCAUCAUCCAAAAUACCAGCAGUUCAAUUUACCUGCUUACCAACAGGAUCCCUUGAAGUUUGAAUUACAUAUGGCAGGAAAUUUUCUAGCAGCUUGGCGUAUUCCUGUGAAAAUCACUCCAGAGUCGCUUGACAAGUUUAACAAGUUGCCAGCGCAGCUCCGUCUCAAACGACAUUCCACCACGCAUUCGGUUGCGAGCAAUGACGGUGAUAGCCCAUCGAGAAAGAAGCUAAAGAUUGAAGAAGAAGAUAAGGAAAAACAUGAAAGAAGUAGCAGUAAUGUUGAUGCUAUUUUGGAAGAUGUCAUAAAAGGGGGUUUUGAAGAGAAAGGAAAAAAUAGAGUUGUAAUAAGAUUCUCUGGAUUUGACUCGUCAGAAGUAUCAAAAGCAGCCUUGAAACUUGGAGCUGGUGUAGCCCAUAAUAACCGAGAAGCAACCCAUUUAGUGAUGCCAACUUUCAUGCGAACUCCUAAGCUAUUAUGCUGCCUUCCAACAGUUAAAUUUAUAUUGUCUCCACGUUGGAUUCACGAGAGUGCCCAGCAAGGUAAGCUGUUGGAUGAACAGCCGUACUUGCUCAAAGAUACAGACCUGGAACGCAAAAUGGACAUUGAUCUACUAAAGUUACUCUCGCUACCUCAGCGAGAUCAGCUCUUCAAAGGCAAAAUUUUUUACAUUACACCUAGCGUUGUGCCAAGUCGUUCGGUUUUACGCGACAUCAUUGAAAACAGUGGCGGUCAAGUGGUAGCCCAGCCCAAGUCCAUGAAAAUGAUUUCAGAGCUCAUGAAUAAGGAUGAAAAUUCAUACAUCGUCAUUUCGUGUGCAACCGACUUUCAUCUUCUGAAUGAUGUCAUGAAGAGCAAAAUUGGAAUCUAUAGCAGUGAAUUUGUCCUAAGCGCGGUACUUAAACAGGCAAUAAUUGGUGCACCGUAUCGAAUUGAACCUUAAAAGAAAUUCGAUUCGACAUAGAUAGCUUAUGUUCCUGGAUCCCUGCAAUAUAUCUGUCUUUGGUUCAGUGUGUACUGUCAUUCGAAAAAAAAGUACAUGAAAAAAUACCACCAUUUGUUAUAUGGUGGUGCAGUGGUGACCUGUUCAAGUUAGCAAAAUUGCAAUAUAAUACUUUGUAUAACGA